AUGUCCUUGCAUCCUACAGUGAACGUUUCCGAGGAAGUUAAGAUUCUGAAAGACGCGAUCAAGGAAUAUGGCAGUCAAGACUCGACUGGAAAGUACACCGUACCGUAUGGUGUUCUGUUUGAAAAGACCGCAAACACUCUUGAGGCUUUGAACGGCACCCUACGUGCGGCAAAGAGGCAGAAGAAGGUUGACUUUGCUGCCGAGUUAUUGAUGUUUCCAAAGGACAAGGAUGUGCUGGUGACGCUGUUGGAAGACUGA